GGUUGGAACAAUCUUCCUAAGUAUUCAUACGUCCAGAUGCCAUAUUUUCUUCCACUUUGAAUGGUUGUUGGAUUGUUAAAGGGGAAGGUUCUGAACCUGGGACCAGGACCCCUGUCAAAAGUGUCGCCAACGAACAAUGCAGGGUUGAAACUGCCCUGUUAUUGGGCAAUUAUUACAGGGCGACUUUGUGGAGACUUGGUCGCGGGCGCCUCUCUACUUGUAUGUUAGGUAUCCCCUCUGAUCUGCCUGCGCUGGCGCCGUCGGAUCUUUGUUCCCUGGUUCGGCCGUCUCCCAGCGCCAUUUCCCAGGUCGAUUAGCCCGAGAUCAGUCAACAUGGCCGGUGUCUUCUCAACGCCGCCAUACAGUGACCAUUCCAACCUCGAGGUUGCCCCAGCGGGACUUGAGCCGGCCCCCGGUCACCAAGACUGGAGUGACUCGUCGCAGAAGGAGCUUCACUACCAACGGGCUUGGGCUGACGUCUCGAACGGAACCGUACCGCAAAAUGAUGAGCCCAAGCAAAGGAUACUGGGGCUGUCGGUGAGACGGUUUUGGGCAGUUGUCAUUAUCUUGGUCGUGGUUCUUGCCGCUGGAAUCGGGGGCGGGGUUGGCGGUGGUCUGGCGGCGCAAAGGCAAACGAGCUCGUCCAGCCCGGUCGCACCCGACCAAGCGGCCGGGUCUUCAUCGACACCAUCGCCAUUAUCGACAUCAUCGACAUCGUUAGAGCCCGCAGGGAUAUCGACAGUAUCAACGUCAUCCGAGUCAUCGACCAAGACCACGUCGAGCGCAUCGCGCGCGAGCUCCGAGGCGCCCACCGACGGCGGCUGCCCCGACAUCAACGGCUCGUCCUUCACGCCGCGCGACGCUUCGGGCAAGACGAUGCCGCUCAGCGCGGGCGAGCCCGCGCAGUCGUUCCUGCGCUACUGCAGCACCAACUGGCCGUCCGGGGCCAGGUACGGCAACCCGGGCCUCCGCGACAUCAUGAAGGUGUACCAGCCCAGCCUCGAGGACUGUAUCGCGGCCUGCGCGUCGUACAAUGUGAACUACAAGGCCAACGCGGGCGGCGACUUGACCGGCUUGUGCCGUGCUGUGACUGUGGUCAAAAUGGAUGGGGAAUUUUGUUAUUUGAAGAACGAUACCGGCAGUAUUGCGUUUGUAAACUCGAAGCAGCCGGAGUUGUUUUCGAGUGCGGUGCUUUUGUCGUCGAGCAAUGGCGGUGAUUAGGGACUUCGGUGAAGCUUUGAAUGCUAAGGGAGCUGAGCACCUGGGAAGAUUAGUGAGCUUAGGUAUAGGAGAGACUGAGUACCCCCC